CACUGAAUAAAAAAAUAUGAAUUAUUGUUAAUAGAGCAGCAAUGCACAAUGAAAAGGAAAUUAGAUGUUUAGAAACUGACAGUUAAUGCACAGAUAUUUGUUUUAAGGAGGGUGGUGGUGGGAGUUGGGAGGUUGUAAACCUGAAAGGUGACUUAAGCCCCCUCUGCACGUCCAGGUGAAGGCAUACCCAGCGAUCUAAUGUGUGUUCCACACAGUUGCACCUCCUGUCAUCCCACAUGCGUGGCAGGAGGUGGGACUGUGCAACUGGGAGCCCUCUCAGCUGAGGGCCUCCCAAUGCAGGGGCACCCCACACACCCCUGGUCCGCAAUCUCCCAGACUUGGGAUGCAUGAAACCUCCAUGCCUGUGGGACUGCGACUGCUGUGACUCAGCUGGGUCUCGGCGCGCAGUGUCCACAGCUGCGGGACUCUGGGUCCCAGUGUUGCUGAGACUGAGUCAGCAGCUGCUGGGGUUGAGAGUCUCCUUAGCUUAUGGGGCUCCCAGCCACAGGGGAGACCCUGGUACACAGGCAAAUUAAAGCUUGAAGCAACCAGCUAUAAAAUUAGUGCAUGUUGUUGAGGUCUAACUUUAUAGUGAGUUGAAGCUUUUUAUGGUGGGAUAACUACUUUGCAUGUGUAGCUGGUCUUAAGGUAAUUGAACAAUUAACCAGUUAAUUAUUUGAUACCUGUAGCAUGUAGAGGGGGCAUCAGUACUAGUGACCAACAAAUUAGACAUGAGUGCAACAGGAUGUAGCAAAAUGUAAAGCUAAUGUAGCUUGGACUGCAGAUGAGGCAUCACAACCCCAUCCUGAAAGAGUUGCUGAUCACAAUGGGGGAUUCCGGCAUGGAUCCAACUGUGUCUCCGCCUGAGAGCACUGCACAGGAGGCUUCUUUCUUGAGCAUGACUGACAUGUUCCUCAUCUCUCUUAUCAUUGGCCUCUUUUCUUACUGGUUUUUCUUCCGCAAGAAGAAGGAGGAAGUCCCUGAAUUCACCAAAAUCCAGCAAACAACCUCUUCCUCCUCUUCUUCAGGAGGAGACAGCAACUUUGUGGACAAGAUGAAAAAGACGGGGCGAAACAUAGUGGUAUUCUAUGGCUCCCAGACUGGGACAGCAGAGGAGUUUGCCAACCGUCUUUCCAAAGAUGCCCAUCGUUAUGGUAUGAGGGGCCUCGGAGCUGAUCCAGAGGAGUAUGACUUGUCUGAUCUGAGCCGCCUCUCUGAGAUUGACAAUUCCUUGGCUGUGUUCUGCAUGGCCACAUAUGGAGAGGGUGACCCCACGGACAAUGCCCAAGACUUCUAUGAUUGGCUGCAGGAGGCUGAUGUGGACUUGUCUGGUGUCAAGUAUGCAGUGUUUGGACUUGGAAACAAGACUUACGAGCACUUCAACGCAAUGGGGAAGUACGUGGACAAGAGACUGGAGCAGCUCGGAGCCCAGCGAAUCUUUGAGCUUGGGUUGGGUGAUGAUGAUGGGAACCUGGAAGAAGAUUUCAUUACUUGGCGUGAGCAGUUUUGGCCAGCAGUUUGUGAGCACUUUGGCGUGGAAGCUACAGGAGAUGAGUCCAGCAUUCGUCAGUAUGAGUUGGUUGUCCACACAGAUAUGAACAUGAACAAAGUCUACACUGGGGAGAUGGGCCGGCUCAAGAGCUACGAGAGCCAGAAACCCCCGUUUGAUGCGAAGAACCCUUUCCUGGCACCUGUGACCAAGAACAGAAAACUGAACCAGGGUGGAGAGAGACACCUCAUGCAUUUGGAGCUGGAUAUCUCAGGUUCCAAAGUCAGGUAUGAAUCUGGGGACCAUGUUGCCGUCUACCCAGCCAAUGACUCAACGUUAGUGAACCAGAUUGGUGAGAUUCUGGGAGCAGACCUGGAUACAAUCAUGUCCUUAAACAAUCUGGAUGAGGAAUCCAAUAAGAAGCAUCCAUUCCCUUGCCCCACCUCUUACCGCACAGCCCUGACCUACUACUUAGAUAUCACUAACCCGCCACGUACCAAUGUCCUAUAUGAGCUGGCUCAGUAUGCCACAGAUGCCAAUGAGCAGGAUCGCCUCCGCAAAAUGGCUUCCUCUGCUGCUGAGGGAAAGGAGUUUUACCUUAGCUGGGUCGUUGAUUCCAGGAGGAACAUCUUAGCCAUCCUACAGGACAUGCCUUCUCUGCGACCACCCAUUGACCACCUCUGUGAGCUGCUGCCACGCCUGCAGGCCCGUUAUUACUCCAUUGCCUCUUCCUCCAAGGUUCACCCUAACUCCAUCCACAUCUGUGCUGUGACCGUAGAGUAUGAGACCAAGACUGGCCGUCUGAACAAGGGAGUGGCCACCACCUGGCUGAAGAACAAGGUGCCUAAUGAAAAUGGGAACAAGUCCUUAGUGCCCAUGUAUGUCAGGAAGUCACAGUUCCGGUUGCCUUUCAAACCCAGCACACCUGUCAUCAUGAUUGGGCCUGGGACUGGGAUUGCCCCUUUCGUUGGCUUCAUUCAAGAACGUGCCUGGCUGAAGCAGCAAGGCAAGGAGGUUGGUGACACAGUGCUGUACUAUGGCUGUCGCCAUGAAAAAGAGGAUUACCUCUACCAAGAGGAGCUCACCCAGUUCCACAAGGAGGGAGCCCUCACCCAGCUUAACGUCGCCUUCUCCAGGGACCAGGCUCAAAAGGUUUAUGUUCAGCACUUAUUGAAACAAAACAAAGAAGGUGUCUGGAAGCUGAUCCAUGAGGGAAAUGCUCAUAUCUACGUGUGUGGUGACGCUCGCAACAUGGCUCGAGAUGUGCAAAACACGUUCUACGAGAUCGUGGCUGAGUAUGGGAACAUGAGCCAGCCUCAAGCCGUGGACUAUGUAAAGAAGCUGAUGACCAAGGGCCGGUACUCCAUGGACGUCUGGAGCUAGGGCUGGGCUGACUAGGUGAGGGAGGGGAAGGAUUCCCAGGUGACUGCCAGACAGGAUGCAAAGGGCACCUGCCCCAGCCAUUGCAAGAGCAUGUGAACAGAACUAAACUAAAGAAUAACUAACUACUCCCCAAUAAUUGUCCCUUUCUAAUUCUCUGCCUUCUCUGCACUAGACUGUUUACAGUAGACCCCUGGAAGGGGUGGGGUGGGGUGGUUGUAGCUGCUGGAACUCCUUUGGGUUUUUUUUUAGGGAGACACCUCUAAUAGGGAUGGAUAGGCUUGUCUAGAGACUCAGAAGGAGCUCUUAACUGUUUCAGUCCCUGUUUUGGUGUUUAGAGCAUGUGGUGCAUGGCAAGGCGAGCUUGUCAGAGGAGGGCAGAUGCACCUGUCCCAGGGCAUCAUGUCCAGAGUUGUGAACCUCUUGCUAGGGCAUUCGCCCUCAUCCUCUGCCAGAGUUGUUUUUUUCCUGCUCUGGUAGGAAGUGACCUGGCUGAGGGGUCCCUUUCUGCACCUGUCCGCCUCACUUCUAAUGACCAAGCCCUCUGCCUUCAGGCCCAGACAGCCCUCUCCCUGUGAGCAGCCUUUAUGUUGAACCAUUUCCUUUGUGCUAGUCUGGAGCAAGUGGACAUGUGCUCCCUGGCUUUGAUAUAGCCCCAUUUUCUGCCUCAUGGGCAGAUCAGACCCAGACCCUGGAGGUUCUGAGGUUUUUAACAGACCCAGUAGCAAUAUUUGGCAAUAAGUAGGGCAUAGAUCAAAAGCUCAAAUUCCCUUUUGGUGUCUACAUUUAGCCAGUAUGGAGCCUAGCUGGGUGCUCCGCUGUACAGCUCACUUGAGCCCCUUCAGUACAAACCUCCACUGCUAGAGGCUUAGAGGAUAGGCAGACUCGUGUCUCAGUCAGCCCUGCCAAACCGUGGGUGUUUCUAGGGCAGUGAGGCUGGAUAUUCUGUGCUCAGUCUGCCCCAGGGCCCUGCACUACGUGUCAUGCGCAAAGCACUGCUCUUAUCUUGCUGUUCAGUAGCUUAACAAACAGGGUCGUGGUGCUGCCACUGUCACUGUGACUGGGCAGUCUGCUUGGGCUCUGCUUGCGGCUGCCUUGACAGAGUGCUGGCACCAGCCUGCCAAAGCUGAGUCAGCACCCUCUGAAAUUCGACUGUGGCCUUAACCCAAGCCAGGAGCUAGCUGGCUGUAAGUCCUUGUGCUUGCAGGGUCUUACCCUGGCCUGUGCAGGCGUGGUAGUAGCUGAGCAAGCUUGGCAAGGAUGAAACAGUUCUUGUGUAAGCUGACCACGCUCCCUGGUCACACUGAUUGUGCAGACAGUUGUAAGUGGCCCAUUGCUGUCACUUGCUCUCUGCACCUCUGAUUCUGGGGAUGAAUUUUGCUCUUGGCUCCCAGCUAACACCCUGAGGCUCAGGCCCUACUUAUGCUGUCCGAGGUGUGAGGCUGUCAAUAAUGUUUUCUCUCUGUGCUGGUAUAGGUAGGACAAAACUCUCAGAGGGCAUUUCCCCUUCCCCCAUUUGAAAACCACUGGUUCUAGGUGUCUUAACAGUAAAAUUGGCUACUGUGGUGCUGUAGAGCCAGGACUUGCUCACUCCCAUUGGCCAAGUGUCUUGUAGACACACCAGAGGUAGCCUCAGUACCAGCAGCAGGGCUGCGUGCACCAACUCGCCUUGCCCAGGAGCGGGGCAGAGGAGCCUGCACUGGGUUGCUGAGGCUAAACUGGUUAUUGCAUCUGAGCUAACUCAGGUAUGCCUGCCCUCCAGUGCCAGUGUGGUUAUACGCCCUCAGUGAAUUCAGACAGCAUGCGCCCCCCCCCUCCACUCGCGGACAGUCCCUGGAGGAUGGGGGGGAGGGAGUGCUGGCAGCAGCUGGUUGAGGUCACCGCCCCCAAGGACAGAGCACAACCAGCUCUUGGGCCUUGAGGCUCCUCUGCCCACUGCGCGCAGGUCAGGGACGCUGCUGCUGCUCCACCUCUGCCCAUUAAAACUUGUUGCCAUGGUUACAUUGUGGCAGGAGGGAAAAUGGCAGAAGCCCCCUGAGGAGCAGGUGCUUCAUUCUCAGCAGCUGCCUGGAAGAGCCACGCUCCUCCAGUGCAGUUGUGAGCUACCACCCCACGCGCCCGGUUUGCAAUGUGUGGUCACAGGGGGUGGUUUUUUUGUAUGUCCGUGUCCGUAUGAGACUUCAUUCUGCACCAAGCUGUAUUAGAGGCUGUCCCAUGAAUGUAAAUAAUUUUAAAAGUACUUUUGCCCUCAGAAUAAAACAGUUUAUUUUGCCUCCUCA